AAGAGUAAUGGAAAAUCGAAGGUGAAAAAAGAGGAGAGAGAAAAUCAAACACAACCAAUCAACAAUGGCGAACAAGGGAGGAGGAGCGGCGGCACGAGCGGCGGAGAUGGAGAAAAUGAGCGUCGAACAGCUCAAAAUGGUGAAAGAACAAUCAGAUCUAGAACUCAACCUUCUACAAGACAGUCUCACCAACAUCCGCACUGCUACCUCUCGUCUUGAACUCGCUUCCACUGCACUCCAAGACCUCUCUCUCCGACCUCAAGGGAAGAAGAUGUUGGUGCCUCUUACGGCGUCUCUUUACGUCCCUGGAACUCUUGAUGAUGCUGAUAAGGUUCUCGUUGAUGUCGGAACUGGUUAUUUCGUUGAGAAAACAAUGGUUGAAGGCAAGGACUAUUGUCAGCGCAAAAUCAACCUGCUUAAAUCUAAUUACGAGCAACUUGUUGAGGUUUUUUCAAAGAAGAAGAUUAUAGCCGAUGAAGCCGGAGUUGUAUUACAGGCCAGGUUAAAGCAGCUAGCACCAACUUCAUGAGAAUUUGCUUGUAACCUCAGUUUUGUAAUUCUGGAUUAUGGAUCUGGAUCUGGAUCUUUAGAAAUGAUAGUUUGUUUCCAAUUUUGUUUGUGUAACUGUACAUUUAGCUCUCCCCUUAUAUGCUGGCGUGCUGCCUUUGGUAAAUUAUGAAACGUAAUCUACACUGACUUUCGUCUAAUAUGAAGCGUAAUCAGAGUUGUUUGUGUUGCCCA